AUGGGAGUCGCUAACUCUAGGGAUCAACGUCUGUACCACCCCUCACAGUCUCCCAUCAAGGUGGUGCUGAAAAGACGCAACGAGCCACUGAAGAAGGAGCGUCUUAAAUGGAAGAAUGAGUACCCUAUGACGGAGGGCCAGCUGAGGAGUAAGAGGGAUGAGUUUUGGGACACGGCCCCAGCUUUUGAUGGCAGGAAGGAGAUUUGGGACGCGCUCCGAGCAGCAGCGGUGGCCGUAGAGCUUAACGACCUGGAAAUGGCUCAGGCCAUAGUGGACGGAGCCUGCAUCACACUACCACAUGGUACUCUGACAGAGAGUUAUGAUGAACUGGGGAACCGCUACCAGCUUCCUGCGUACACUCUAACCCCUCCCGCCAAUCUCAUCACUGAACGCACCAACGACAGCGAAGCUCCCAAUCAAAAGGAGCAGAAAAAGCCUCCCGCCUUUCCCAAAGAGGAGUUCCAGCUACGAGUUCGACUCUCAUGCGGUAAGGACCUCCGUAUAAGCGCCUCCAUGUCAGACUCCAUCUCCCAGCUGAAGACAGUCCUGGAGGGGCAGGAAGACAUCGAAGUGGCCCACCAACGCUGGUUCUUUGCAGGUAAACUGCUCACAGACAAGAUACGACUCCAGGACACCAAGAUACAGAAAGACUUUGUGGUCCAGGUCAUCGUCAACAACUACUCACCAGUUACCAAACUCAUGCCAAACUGAGGAGAAAUGGAGAAAGAGAAGGAUGGAUGGGAGAGUAGGAGG